AGCUCGCCCCUCCCCGGCCGCCGCCAGGCAUUUAUACCCACGCAAAAAGGCUGCAGCGCACAGUGAAGCACUCUGGCUCCGCGCUUCUCGAGGGGAGGACAUAAAGCCACCUCCGACCCCACAGCACCAAACCAACCCCCCUGCUGGUUGUUGGGUUUUUUUUUGUGUGUGUUUCUUCUUAUCCUCCUCCAAACUUCUGCGGACUUAAAAACUGCACACGAACUUUUUAACGGCAACUUUUUCCCUCAACCAAAACCAGUCGUGGCACAAACUACCGCUUCCGCACGCCGCGUUCAGGGACCCCGCUCGGUCCUCCAUGAAAGAGGGAGUGCGGCAGCACGCUUGGGGAAACGAGAUGUCUGCGACCGUCUUGUCCGCGUUCUACGACAUGGACUUGCUCUACAAGCAAGAUAAAAGCAUGAACAUGAACGCCCUCCACAUCAACAGCAUGCUGGACAAGAAAGCCGUCGGGGCCCCGGUCACGUCUCCGGGCUCCGGCUCUUUCUCUCCGGGAUUUUUCCGCAGAAACUCAACCAGCAACUUGGAGGCGCUGAACAACGGCAACAAGUACUCGAUGGGCUCCUACGGCAGCCUGAAGGAGAACACGCCGAGCGGCGGCGGCAGCAGCAGCAGCAGCAGCGCCGCCACGGCCCUCAUGAACAAGGAGAACAAGUUCCGCGACCGCGCGUACAGCGACAACGGGGACCGGGGCGUGCUGCAGCAGAAGCCCGGCUCUCAGAUCAACUCCACCCGCUACAAGACCGAGCUGUGCCGGCCCUUCGAGGAGAACGGCUCGUGCAAGUACGGGGAGAAGUGCCAGUUCGCUCACGGCUACCACGAGCUGCGGAGCUUGUCCCGCCACCCGAAGUACAAAACCGAGCCGUGCCGCACCUUCCACACCAUCGGCUUCUGCCCGUACGGCCCCCGGUGUCACUUUAUCCACAACGCCGACGAGCGGCGGCCCGCGCCGGCCACCAACGCCAACAUGCAGCUGGGCGAGUCCCGCUCGGUCCGCGACCUGUGCAGCUACGGCCAGCGGGACUCGCUGCCGCCGCAGCUCGGCUACACCCAGAGGGACAGACCAAAGCUUCACCACAGCCUCAGCUUCUCCGGCUUCUCCACCCACCACGGGCUCGAGUCUCCCCUGCUCGACAGCCCCAUGUCCCGGACCCCGCCGCCGGCCACCGCCUCCUCCUCCUGCACCUCCACCUCGAGCUUCUACGAGGACGUGCUCUCUCCCAACUCCCUGUCCUGCAUCAACAGUGCCUUCGCCUUCCCCGGGCAGGACCUAAAAGCCCUGCUGGCCCCGCUGGCCGUGCACACCCCGAGCGGGUACGCCAACAACCACUCCGCCGGCGCCUACUACGGGAACGCGCAGGGCAGCGCGUGCCCGCCCUCCCCGCCGACGUACAACAUGAGCCACUUGCAGGCGCUGCGCCGCCUCAGCGAGUCGCCGGUGUUCGAGCCUCCUCCCAGCCCGCCCGACUCGCUCUCCGACCGGGAGAGCUACGCGAGCGGGUCCCUCAGCUCUUCCGGGAGCCUCAGCGGCUCCGAGUCCCCGAGUCUGGACGCUGGAAGGCGGUUGCCAAUCUUCAGCAGGCUGUCGAUUUCAGAUGACUAAUCGUUAUAUAUAUAUAUUUUUUUUUCUUCAUGUUUUCCUCUUGUGUUUUUCUUGCAUAUGGAUUUAUGGACUGGUCUGGCAGGGUUGGUCUGUGAGUGACGUAGGCUCUCCCCCAAGCAGAGAGAU